CCCACCACCUGCUGAGGGCUGAGAUUCGAGGGGCCACAUGACGGAGCACAACAAGGAGAGGCGUUAUGAGUGCGAAAGUGUGUGGCGAGGCCUGGCAGCAACCGAGCAAGCUGGAGACCCACCGGCGGGUACACACGGGCGAGAAGCCCUAUGGCUGCUCCACCUGUGGAAAUACCUUUUCCUGGUUGUCGGGGCUGCAGGAGCACUGGCGGGUGCACAGCAGUGAGCGGCCCUUCAUCUGCUCCGACUGCGGCAAAGGCUUCAAGUCGUCCAAGGACCUGAAGACCCACCGGCGGGUGCACACGGGAGAACGCCCGUUCGACUGCCCGGAGUGCGGCAAGAACUUCACCCACUACGAGGCCCUGCUGCGGCACAACCGCGUGCACUCCGGCGAAAGGCCCUUCACCUGCUGCGACUGCGGCAAGAGCUUCAAGACGACGAAUGACCUGAAGUCCCACUGGCGGGUGCACACGGGUGAGAAGCCCUACUGCUGCUCCACCUGCGACAAGAGCUUUGCCCGGUUGUCGGUGUUGAAGGCCCACUGGCGGGUGCACAGCAGUGAGCGGCCCUUCACCUGCUCAGACUGCGGCAAAGGCUUCAAAUCGUCGCUGGAACUGAAGGCGCACAGUCUCCUGCACACCGAGGAGCGCCCCUAUACCUGCUGCGACUGCGGCAAGAGCUUCACCCACUCCAACAGCCUGCUGUAGCACGAGCGCACCCACACUGGCGAGCGCCCCUUCACCUGCGACCAGUGCGGCAAGGGCUUCACC